ACAUCCACACAAGGAUAUGAGGAGUUCAGGAAUGAGGUUAUGCUUACAGCGAAGCUCCAACAUGUAAAUCUUGUAAGACUUUUGGGAUUUUGUACUGACAGACAAGAACAAAUGUUGAUCUAUGAGUACAUGCCAAAUAAAAGCUUGGACUAUUACCUUUUUGAUCCCAUUAGAAGGUCUAUUUUGGAUUGGAGAAAACGUGUUCAAAUCAUUGAAGGGAUUAUUCAGGGACUUUUAUAUCUGCAGGAAUACUCAAGGUUUACUAUCAUUCACAGAGACUUGAAAACCAGUAAUGUUUUAUUAGAUGAAGAUAUGAAGCCGAAAAUAUCAGAUUUUGGUAUGGCCAGAAUAUUUGCAAAAGAUGAAUUUGAAGCAAACACUGGAAGAGUUGUUGGGACAUAUGGGUAUAUUCCUCCUGAAUAUGUUAAAAGAGGCAUAUACUCUACGAAAUUGGAUGUGUACAGUUUUGGGGUUCUACUUCUACAAAUAAUUAGUGGAAACAAGGUUUCUGCUCUCUACGGUCCUGAAGAAAACUUAAGCCUGCUAGACCAUGUAAGUUUCUUCUUAACAAUUAGUGAGGACGGUAGUUAAUUAGUUCAAAAUUUGGCAUUUGAAUUAACUGAUAAUUGGUGUUUGACAAUUGAUUUUAG